AAAAAAGGGAGAAAAAUUCAAAAAUAACUAGUUGAGGCAGAUAUGGGGAAUUUUUGCAGGGCGAUGCAAACUUAGGGUAGAAUCAGGGGAUGCAGACCCCUCGGGGCUCCUUCUAUCUAGUUCGUGUCCCGGAAGACCAGCCCCCAAUGCCAGAGGAAGACUUUCUCGAAUUAAUUGCUCCCAGCCCGAGAAGCCUGGGUAUAAAAAAAAAAAAAAAAAAAAAAAAAAAAAAAAAAAAUGGUCCCAGAAACAUUAACCAGCAACUUUCUCCGGGAAUUGGGUAAGGGAGACCAGCUCUGGGAAGCAGUGUGUGAAGGGGGGCCCGCUUUAAGUUUUAGUCCAAAGAGCCGGGAGAUCAGGCUCCCAGAAGCCCAGGCCCUAGUCAAGGGCUCUCUAGAUAACCCAGAGCCAGCCCCUUCCCCACCCGGGCCUCAGUUUCUCCCAUCUAUAAAAGGGAGCUGAGAGGUGAGAAAAUGAACCUGAGAAAACGGAUUGUUAAAGUCAUUUUCCUGUCGGCAAAGCCUCCUCCGCGAGGAGCCCAAGGUAGCCCUCGCCUCCACUAGCCACCCCGCCCCGUGCCCUCCCACUCUCUCUGCUGCUGAGACUCGGGUUCCCUUUCCAAGGCCGCGAGGGUGCGAAAGCAGAGCAGGAGGCGGAACCCAGAGGCGCUCGAGGCCACGCCUUGAGAUCUCCCAUUGGCUGCUUUUGAACCCCCUGAGCCCGCCUCUAGUGGGGUGUGUUGGGUUGGCGGGGGAGAGCCCGGCGUCUCUAUAAAAUGUGGGCUGCGGGGCUCAGACCUCGCAUUCUACAACCGUCUCUUCCCUGCCCCGGGGUCUCUCUUUACCUUUGCCCGGCGUCCUCGGUGCGCUUCGUUUCCCUCUUACUCCGACGCCAGAAUCAUGAAGGUCGCCACUGGCAGCGCCGCGGCCGCCGCGGGCCCCAGCUGCGCGCUGAAGGCCGGCAAGACCGCAGGCGGCGCGGGCGAGGUGGUGCGCUGUCUGUCCGAGCAGAGCGUGGCCAUCUCGCGCUGCGCGGGGGGUGCCGGGGCGCGCCUGCCUGCCCUGCUCGACGAGCAGCAGGUGAAUGUGCUGCUCUACGACAUGAACGGCUGCUACUCGCGCCUCAAGGAGCUGGUGCCCACCCUCCCCCAGAACCGUAAGGUGAGCCGGGUGGAGAUCCUCCAGCACGUCAUCGACUACAUCUGGGACCUGGAGUUGGAGCUGAACUCGGAAUCCCAAGUCGGGACCCCCGGGGGCCGGGGGCUCCCCGCCCGGGCUCCGCUGAGCACCCUCAACGGCGAGAUCAGCGCUCUGGCGGCCGAGGCGGCUUGUGUUCCAGCGGACGAUCGCAUUUUGUGUCGCUGAAGCGCCUCCCUCAAGGACUGGCAGACCCCAGCCCUCCAGGGAGCGAGAGGAAUUCGUGCUCUCUGAUCCUACCGAGCGCCUCGCCGGAGGUGGGGAGGAACAAGAUUGAGAUCAGCGACCGUGGGGCGCUUGCUCAAUGCAGCCCAGGGUUGGCGGACUGAGAGGGCAGGCCGACCCUCCCCUCUACACCAACCAGCCACCAGAGACUUGGGGGACGGCCCCCCGUGUGUUUCUAUUUUUUGAAAAGCAAACAUUUUAAAAAAUGGUCACGUUUGGUGCUUCUCAGAUUUCUGAGGAAAUUAAUUGCUUUGUAUUGUAUAUUACAAUGAUCACCGAGAAUAUUGUUUUACAAUAGUUCUGUGGGGUGUUUUUGUUUUUGUUGUUGUUGUUAUUAAACAAAUACUUUAGACUGCGG